GACCAAACAGCAGCUUCCUCUGAGUGAGUCCAGCUACAGGAGAGAAAAGUGGAAAACUCCAUCACUGCUGCUUCAAGCUGCUGACGCUCCACACACUGAAUCUUCACUCACAGACUCAAUGGCUUCCAGAUCAGAGGAGGAUCUCUGCUGUCCGGUCUGUCAGGAGGUCUUCAGAGAUCCUGUUCUUCUGUCAUGUAGCCACAGCUUCUGUAAAGACUGUCUGAAGAGAUGGUGGAGAGAGAGACCAACAUACGAGUGUCCAGUUUGUAAGAAAAUAUCAGUGUAUGAUCCACCUUUAAACCGGGCUCUAAAGAACCUGUGUGAGUUGUUCUUACAGGAGAGAGAUCAGAGAGCUUCAGAGGCUCUCUGCAGUCUGCACUCUGAGAAACUCAAACUCUUCUGUCUGGACCAUCAGCAGCCAGUGUGUGUCGUCUGCAGAGACUCAGAAAAUCACACCAACCACAGAUUCAGACCCAUCGAUGAAGCUGCACAACAACACAAGAAGGAACUUCAGGAAACUCUGGAGCCCUUAAAGAAGAAGUUAAAGGUUUGUGAAGAAGUUCAAGUGAAGUUUGAUCAAACAGCAGAACACAUUAAGGUCCAGGCCCGACACACAGAGAGGCAGAUUAAGGAUCAGUUUAAGAAGCUUCACCAGUUUCUAGCAGAGGAAGAGGAGGCCAGGCUGGCUGCACUGAGGGAGGAAGAGGAGCAGAAGAGUGGGAUGAUGAAGGAGAAGAUGGAGGCUCUGAGCAGAGAGAUAGCAGCUCUUUCAGACACAGUCAGAGCCACAGAGGAGGAGCUGAGAGCUGAAGACGUCUCAUUCCUGCACAACUACAAGGCUGCAGUGGAAAGAGUCCAGCGCUGCCCCCUGCUGGAUGAUCCACAGCUGCCCUCAGGAGCUCUGAUAGACCAGGCCAAACACCUGGGCAACCUGACCUUCAACAUCUGGAACAACAUGAAGGACAUGGUCUCCUACACUCCUCUCAUUCUAGACCCAAACACUGCUCAUCCAGAACUCAUCCUGUCUAAGGAUCUGACCAGUGUGAGAGGAGGAGAUGAACAGCAGCUUCCUGAUAAUCCAGAGAGGUUUCAUUCUGCUUACCUUGUCCUGGGCUCUGAGGGCUUUAACUCAGGGACUCACAGCUGGGAUGUUGAUGUUGGAGACGGUACAGGGUGGGUACUGGGUGUGUUAGCAGAGUCUGUGCAGAGGAAGGGAAGCAUACGAACUGGAUUAUGGGCUAUAUUGUUUAGUAGAAGAAAAUACUACAAAUGCUCACCAUCAGCUCCUCGCACUGCUCUGUCAGUAGAGAAGAAGCUCCAGAGGAUCAGAGUGAAUCUGGACUGGAACAGAGGAAAGCUGACGUUCUCUGAUCCUGAUACUAACACACACAUACACACCUUCACACACACUUUCACUCACAUGAUGUUUCCAUAUAUUCACACUGAGGGUAAAGUGAAGGUGUGUCCGUUGUUGGUGUCAGUGUCAGUGGAGCAGAUGAGUUGAGGAUGAUGAUGUUUC